AUGGGCGACGACUCGUUCGGCUGGGCGGGCGACGGCUCGCUCGGCUGCGCCAGCGACGGCUCGUUCGGCUGGCGACGGCUCACUCGGCUGGGCGAGCGACGGCUCGCUCGGCUGCGCGAGGGACGGCUCGCUCGGCUGCGCAAGCGACGGCUCACUUCGCUGCGCGAGCCACGCCGCGCUUGGCUGCGUGGCCAACGGCUUAAGCGGCUGCGCGAACGACGGCCUGUGUGGUCGUGCGGCCAAUUGGCUAAAAAGCUACAUGGUGUGAUAGUGUGCCUACCGUCGCCGGUGGAGUGGGGCGGCGGGCGCGGCGGCGGCUGGGCGCGCGCGCUGGCGGGCGGUGCGGGCGCCGCGGGGCUGGCAGGCGUGUCGCUGUGCGCGGCAACGUUCUGGCGACACCGCGGCACGCCCGUCGUCAAGUCUGCGUCGCGCGAGCUGUGCGCGCUGCUGCUGGUCGCGGCUGCGCUCUGCCAUGUCGCCGCGCUGGCAGCAGUGGCGCGUCCCGCGGCGCUGCCGUGCGCGCUGGCGAGGCUAGCGGCGCCGGCACUGGGCGGCGUGUACGCGGCUGUGCUCGCGCGCACCGUGCGCAUCGCGCGUCUGGUCGCGGGCGCCGAGCGCGGCCAGUCCGUGCCGCUACUGUCCUCGCGCGCGCAAGUGGCCGGCUGGGGGGUGCUGGUGAGCCCGGGCGUGGUGGCGGCGGCGUGGGCGGCGGCGCGCUGGCCGCCGACGCCGCGCCUGCUGCACCCGGGGCGCGCGCGCGCCGUGCUCGCGUGCGGUGGCGAGCGCGCGACGGCGCAGCUGCUGCCGCUGGCGCCGGCGCUGCUGCUUCUGGCUUGCUGCGCGGUUGCCGCGAUUCGCACUCGCCGGUUACCGCAUAACUUCAAUGAAACGCGGUUCAUCGGCGCGGCAACAUACACGACAGGCGUGGCGUGGCUGGCGAUGUCGGCGCUGUACGUGGCGCUGGAGGCGCGCGCGGUGGCGUUGUGCGCAUGCGCGUCCCUCUGCGCAGGCGCCUGCGUGGCGCUGUCCCUCGGCCCGCGCGCCUGGCUCUGUCUGUGUCGCCCGCAACGCAACACGCGCGCGCACUUCCUUACGAACACCUCCAUAAGAUGCCACAUCGGGAAGUACCGCCCUGCGCCUGCGUCGGACAGGCGAGUCUCGCAACCACAUUUGGCCUCUUUUAAACAAGAGUUCUGUGACAAGGGCGUGCAGACGGCAGGGUGCUUAGAGGCGGAGGCGGGCGCAGGAGCGGGCGCGGGAAGCUGGUGCGCGGCGGCCGGCGUGUGCGCGCGAGUCACGCGCUCGGCGCCGCCCGCCGAGGGGGGCGAGGGGGAGGUGGACGUCGUCAUCACGCUACUGCACCACCGACACGCACUGCCCGUGCCGUAG